AUGGCGCUGGCAGGUGCCCUGGAGCGGCUGCAGGAGGAGGCCAUCUGCCCCAUCUGCCUGGAGUACAUGAGCGAGCCGGUCAGCAUCGACUGCGGCCACAACUUCUGCCGGGGCUGCAUCGCCAAACACUGCCAGGACAAGGGGCUGUGGGCCGACGGGCCCUUCUCCUGCCCGCAGUGCCGGGCCUCCUGCCACCGCAGCGGCUUCCGACCCAACCGGCAGCUGGCCAAUAUCGUGGAGAGCAUCCGCCAGUUGGGGCUGCGGGGCGGCCCGGGGCCCGAGCUGGAGCUGGGCACCCCCCUGUGCCCCCAGCACGACGAGCGCCUGAAGCUGUUCUGCGAGGAGGACGAGGAGCCCAUCUGCGUGGUGUGUCGGGAGUCCCUGCUCCACCGCCCGCACACCGUCUACCCCAUCGAGGAGGCGGCGCACCUUUACAAGGUCAAACUCCAGAAAUCCCUGGAGAAUCUUUUGAAGGAAGUGGAGGAGGUGAAGAAGCGUGAGUCAGCAGAAAGGAUGAAAACCCAUGAGUGCAAGGAGACAGUAAAGAAAAAGAGGGAGAGGAUUGUAAGUGAGUUUGGGAAGCUCCAUCGGCUGCUGGCUGAUGAGGAGAAACUACUGCUCCAGAAGCUGGAGGAAGAGGAGAAGCAGAUUCUGCUGCUGAUCAAUGAAAACGUGGCCAGGCUGGUGGAGGAGAAGUGCUUGCUGGAGGAGCUGAUCCUGGAGAUACAGGACAAGACCCAGCAGCCAGCUGAUGGGCUGCUCAAGGACAUGAAAAGUAUCCUGAGCAGGUGUGAAGGGGUAAAGUUCCAAUCCCUCAAGGCUGUGUCUGUGACCCUGAAAGAAAACUACAGCAUUCCUGAGCGCUGCCUGGGCAUGAGGGACAUGCUGAAGAAGUUCAAAGUGGAUGUGAUUCUGGACCCAGAGACGGCACACCCAGAUCUCACUGUGUCUGAGGACCGCAGGAGCGUCCGACGCGGGAGCAAGAAGCUGCUUCUGUCCCUCUUUGACAACCCCAAGAGGUUCAGCACCACCCCGGUGGUGCUGGGCACUCCAGGCUUCUUCUCAGGCCGCCACUACUGGGAGGUGCAAGUGGGAGACAAGCCUGAGUGGGGCCUGGGGCUGUGCCAGGAGGCUGCUGCCCGGAAAGGCUCUGUCCUCUUCUCCCCCAACAAUGGCUACUGGGUGCUGCGGCUGCAAAAUGGGGGCAUGUACGAGGCCCUGACCCUACCCAUCUCCCCCCUGACCCUGAGCGUGAGGCCCCGGCGCAUCGGGAUCUUCCUGGACUAUGAGGCGGGAGAGAUCUCCUUCUACAACGUAAGCGACCGCUCCCAUAUUUACACCUUCACUGACAAGUUCUCGGGCAACCUCCGGCCUCUCUUUUUCCUGGGUGCCUUUCUGGGGGGCAGAAAUGCAGAACCCUUGGUGAUCUCCUGGGUAAGGGACCCACAGGGGACUGGAUGCAUCAUCCUGUGA